AUGCAGCUGGAUGUUCUGCCAGCUCGCACUGUUCAGUCUUUCGCCCUUCGCAAUCCCUCUGCCCAAUCCCCUGCUCACUCCCCUGCCCGGGGUGCUUUCUUCGAAAGGUCCUCUAGCCCCCACGUUCACCUGCACAUGGAUGAGAAAGAUGAAUCCCUAGCUACCUGCUUCCCGGCUUACGUACCGCCUGUCACCCUCUCGCGUGGUGAUAUCCCGUACGUGGUGCUAGUCGACGCUAUAAAGACCCAACCCGUCGCUGGUAGACGCACUCCCUAUUUCCCAGACAUUUCGAAUCGCGAAGGCCCUGGAUGGCAGUACUGGCUCGGAGAAGGUCCCGCUACUCUGCCAGGAGAUGGCUCCGCCAGCCCUUCCGCUGCCGCUUUCGCGGAUUUCACCGACAACGAGCACCGCACCGGAAGGUUCGGCACUACACCGGAAGUUUCGGACGACGAAAUGGGUCACAUUAUUACCCAAAGCAUUGAGAACCUCGCGAGCACUUGCUUGAUCAAACCCGCCACAAGCGACGAUGAGGUUUAA